AGGCGACCGGAGCAGCCGGGCGGAGGGAGGAGAAGCUGCGGCCGUAGCGCAGGAGCUCGAGCAGCCGCCCUGCUGCCUUGCUGGCCCCGGCCGCCACCAUCGCCCCUGGAGACGGACACAGCUGAGCUGCGGCCAGGGGCCGGCCCGGGAGAGCCGCAGGUCCGGCCACAACGUGGCUGCGCGCUCGUUGCUCCCUGGCGGCAGCCCCCGCGAUGCUGCUGGAGGGCUGAGGCGGCGGCGGCUCCAGCCACCGGGACAUGCUGCUGUUGGGACGGGAGCCGAGGAGAGCAGGGGCAGCGGAAGGAGCUUCCAACUCCCCGGCCUUGCUGAAGACUUUUGCAGGAUGCCCAGGGAGGAGUUGUUGUUUAGUGUUUAGCUCACCAUCUUUAUAGCAACUGGAUACUCAGCUUUCCAAGAUCCAAGAAGUACCUGCACGCCUGCAUCUCCUGGGACUGCUGAGCUGAAUACAUUUCUUGUUCAUUAGCGGUGGCAUUAAUUAAACGCGCAGCUUCUCCCCCUUCUGGAGCUUGGGGUCGCCUUUAUCUCUCGUUCCCGUUUCAGCCAGACAUCAAAGCAGUGAUGGGUUGUUUCUGUGCUGUCCCGGAGGAAUUUUAUUGUGAGGUUUUGCUUCUGGAUGAAUCCAAGUUGACCCUAACCACCCAGCAGCAGGGGAUAAAGAAGUCAACGAAAGGGUCGGUUGUCCUGGGCUACGUAUUCCGUCACUUAAACCUCGUGGAGAUAGAUUACUUUGGAUUGCGUUACUGUGACAGAAGUCAUCAGACGUACUGGCUGGAUCCUGCAAGGACCCUUGCAGAACACAAGGAAUUGAUAAACACUGGGCCACCAUAUACUCUAUAUUUUGGUGUUAAGUUCUACGCAGAAGAUCCAUGCAAACUUAAGGAAGAAAUAACCAGGUAUCAAUUUUUUUUGCAGGUGAAGCAAGAUGUUUUGCAAGGUCGCAUGCCCUGCCCCAUCAACAUUGCAGCUCAGCUGGGAGCAUAUGCAAUUCAAUCUGAGCUGGGAGACUAUGACCCAUAUAAGCACACUGCAGGUUAUGUGUCAGAAUACCGAUUUGUUCCAGACCAGAAGGAAGAACUGGAAGAUGCAAUAGAACGGAUACACAAAACUCUGAUGGGUCAGGUUCCUGCUGAGGCAGAGCUGGAUUACUUAGGAGUGGCCAAAUCACUGGAAAUGUAUGGAGUAGAUCUCCAUCCUGUCUAUGGUGAAAACAAGUCUGAAUAUUUUUUAGGAUUAACACCUGUAGGAGUUGUUGUUUACAAGAAUAAAAAACAAGUAGGGAAGUAUUUCUGGCCUAGAAUUACAAAGGUUCACUUCAAGGAAAUGCAGUUUGAACUUAGAGUGCUGGGAAAAGACUGCAAUGAAACAUCCUUCUUUUUUGAAGCACGUAACAAAACCACAUGCAAACAUCUUUGGAAAUGCUGUGUAGAGCACCAUACGUUCUUUAGAAUGCCAGAAAAUGAGUCAAGCUCUCAGUCAAGAAAAUUCAGCAAGUUUGGAUCCGUAGGCUAUAAACAUCGAUACAGUGGCAGGACAGCUUUGCAGAUGAGCAGAGAACUUUCUGUCCAGCUUCCUCGGCCUGACCAAAAUGUUGAAAGAAGUCGUAGUAAGACUUAUCCAAAAAGAAUGGCACAAACACAACAGACUGGAUCCAAAAGCAUAAAUCACGUUACUGCAAAUAUGGAAAAUGGGGAAAAAGAAGGAACCACUAAAAUUAUUGCACCUUCCCCAGUAAAAAGCUUUAAAAAGGCAAAAAGUGAAAAUAGUCCAGAAACCCAAAGAAGUAAAAUAAGUGCACCAUGGGAGGAAAAUGGCCCCCAGAGUGGACUGUAUAAUUCUUCCAUUGACCGCAAUAAAUCACCAAAGUUUCCUUACUCUCGACGACGGAACCCAUCAGGUGGCAGUGAAAAUGAAUCUGGGCAACAAGUUAGAAGAAGGAAAGCCCAGAACAGUGGUGAAGAUUCAGAUCUAAAGCAAAGGAGAAGGUCACGAUCUCGUUGUAAUACAAGCAGUGGUAGUGAGUCAGAAAAUUCUAAUCGGGAGCAUCGGAAGAAGAGAAACAGGUUACGGCAGGAGAAUGACAUGGUGGAUUCAGCUCCUCAAUGGGAAGCAGUACUGAGGCAACAAAAAGAGAAAAACCAGGCUGAUCCCAACUACAGGCGAUCCAGGCACAGAUCUCGAUCGAGAAGCCCAGAUGUACAAGCAAAGGAAGAGUUAUGGAAACAUAUUCAGAAGGAACUUGUGGAUCCAUCUGGCCUAUCUGAGGAGCAGCUGAAAGAGAUUCCAUACACCAAAAUAGAGACUCAAGGUGACCCAAUCCGUAUUAGACAUUCACAUUCCCCCCGAAGCUACCGGCAGUACCGGCGGUCCCAGUGUUCUGAUGGCGAGAGAUCUGUUCUGUCUGAAGUGAAUGCAAAAACAGACCUUGUGCCUCCAUUGCCUGUGACUCGUUCCUCAGAUGCUCAGGGUCCCAGCAUUCCAGCUUCACAACAGAGGCGAAAUGGGUCCAAAGAUAGCCUGAUAGAAGAAAAAUCUCAGAUAUCCACUAACAGCCUGGAUGGAAAACACACUGCAAAGACAAUAAAAACUGUAUAUGCAUCACGCCUCAAGAUAGAGACUUGAUUGCCAUAACUGAGGACGGUGAAUGGAUUCUGUUCCUUUGAAAUUGGGAAUUACACAACAGUUCAGAUACUCUUUAGCUGGAAAAUAUUUCUUUGUCAUAAGGAAAGAAGAAAAAUGUAAACUGGAGUGGUGGUAAUUUCCUUAAAUUAAAAACUCCAACCUGCUUGCCCUGAAGGAUGAUCACUGUUUUCAUCACUGGUUCCAGUUACAGUUCCUUACUUGAUUGCAAAGAAGCUGACUGGUUAGACAGUUGGAAGGAAAAGUGUUAACACAAUUCAACAAUUGCCAGAUACUAUAUUUUCAAGAGGAACAGAAGAAUUGUCAUGACAGAUCAGACCUUGGUCUAAUUAAUUCAGUUGCCUGUCUCCAAGAGGCCAAGACCAGAUACUUCAGAAGAAGCAGUAAAGCCUUCAUAAUAUUCUUGGCCAAUUGUGCAAUACUAUAUAAUAGUGAGGAAAUCUCUUCCUGACUCCAUCUGAUGAUCAGCUUAUACCCUGAAAAUAAUAGCUCUUAUGUUUAUUUUAGCCUAAUGCAACUGCAGACGCUGUUCUUGUUCAUAUAAAUGUUGAAUCCAUGUUUAGAUAAUUGCCACAAUUGUAUCUUGUGGCACUGAGUGUCAUGUAAAAAUGGAUUUCCUUUCACCAAUUUUAAAUGUGUUGCCUUUUAAUUUUAAAUAUCCUCUUGUUGUAUUGAGACAGUACUUGCUUAGCCUUCUCUGUACUAUUGACUAUUUUAUAUACCCCUACCACAUCUCCUCUUAAUUUUGGCCCUUGAAAACUACAGUGAAAAAUGUCUUGAAUGGCCCAAAGGCCAGUGUAAUAAGAUUGCCUAGUACACACAGACUAUAAAUGCUGGCUGGACAAAAUUGUACUAUAAAUCUUGGAAACACUUCAAAGUGGCUGCCUCAGAUGGGGUUGGCUAACAGAGUUGGUUCUUUGGCGCAGGCUUCAUUGAACUAGUCUUUUUAAGCUCUUCUCGUAUGAAAUCCCCCAAUAAUUUGAAUCAUUUGCAGUGCCCUUCUCUGGACCGUUUCUUCUGCUCACUCAUUUCUGAGAUGAGAUGACCAAAACUGAAUGCAAUAUGCAAAGUGAAGACAAUAUCACUGAAUUAUCUAGUGGCAUCUUUUACUCUAUAUUCUCUUUGUAAAAUAGUGUAACAUCUUGCUUUUUUGACUGCUGUUGCAUGUUAAGCAUAUUAUCUUCAAUGAGCUGUUCUCACUGAUGCCUGGAUCUUCUGCUGGCAGGUUAUGUCUAAUUUAGAACCCAUCAUUGAUUCUUUGAAUGUGCUUUACCUUCCACUUGUCUACAUUGAAUUUCAUCUACUAUUGUGCUAACCAGUUUCCUGUGUCAGCUAGGCUGUUAUGGAGUCAAACAAAAUCCUUCCCAGGCCUGUAAGUAAUUUUGCACUGAGUAUAUAUUUGCCACCCCACUAACAACAGUCUGGCAGAGGUUGACUAACCACAUUGUACACUACUUGUUCUUCUACAGUUUGCUCAGACAGUCUACUCUUCCAUACUGAUAAGUGGCUAUUUAGCCUUACUUUUCUAUGCUAUUGUUUAAAUCAGUUUUUAAUCUAUAACAGGCCUUUACCUCUUAUCCUGCACUUACCAAGUUUCCUCAAGCGCCUCUUGAGAGGGACUUCAUAAGAAGGCUUGGGAAAGACUAACUUUAAUCUGUCAAGAGACAAGGUGGAUGAGGUAAAUCUUUUACUGGACUAACUUCUGUUGGUGAAAGAGACGAGUUUUUGAGGUACAAAGACUCCCAUAGUAUGUCCUCUCCAUUCACCAAGAGGAGAGUGAGUGGUGCAUCAUGGGAAAUAUAGUCCAGCCAGAAAGCCUGCCACAGAGGACAAUGGGAGUACAAGGCCCCUAAACUACAAUUCCUGGUGCAAUGCAUUGUGGCAUCAGUUUGAAUUAGAAAUGUUAUAAUCUUUUAGCAAAAUACUCUGGCCAAAAAUAGAAACUUUCAGGGGCCGGGGAGGAAGGGAAGAGGAGAUCCUCUUUUCUGACCAGAUUUAAUAUUUGUAGAUUCUUCAUUCUUAGUUCCUUUAGAAUGAUUAAUGCCAUCCAGUGCAAUAUUGUUUGUACUGUGUCAAUCCUAAUGAGGAUCAGAUUCACUCUGUGGUAGGUACUAUACCAUCACACAAUCACUACUCCCAUAGAAUUUCAGUCAAAUCUGCUACUAAUUUUUCCCCAGUAUUUCUAUAUUUGACAUUGCUUCACCUUCACUACCUGUGAACAGUAAUCCCAGGAUAAAUAUUACCAGUCCCCAGUAUUUUUUGCAAGUGCAAAAUAACAAAAAAAUUAAACAAAAAACAGCCUGUAAAAUAAAAAUGGAAAAUCCCACAGUGGUUUUAACUGUCCUGUGGGACUGGACCCAGCCCUCCCACUCUGGGCGUUGUGACCUGUGGUUUGACUCUCUGCCAUUUGGCUCAGUUGCUGCCUUCUUGCCCCCCACUAUCAGAGGGGCGGCCAGACCAAACCUAAGCGGUGAUGUGACCCUAAGUGCCAGGGCACAAUGCCCAGAGCAGAGCUUGGCCCACCCCAGCAGGAAAGGAGCUGCCGGCUACAUGCAGGGCAGGCUCACUCUGCAAUCUGCCCGCCCCCCAGGCUUCCCACAGUAAAAUGAAAUUCCCCCAAAACCCUGCAAAGUUAUAAAAAUAAUAAUUCACUGGGCUCUAAAUAUUCUCUCUUCCUUUGUGGUGAAGACUAAUAUAAAAGCACGAUUUAGUUCCCCUGCAGUUUCCUUAUGCUUUCUGAACCUCAUUUAGACUGGCAGUCACAUAGAAUUGGGCUAAAAAGUUUUUAAACGUGGCUCAGCUUUGUUUACACUGUCUGGUCCAACUGUUUUUAUUUGGUCCAACUGUUUUUAAAGGCUGUUUAACAAGAUUUCUCACUGUUGCAAUCUGCUUCUUUGGCAAUACAGAUGGAGACAGUCAUUGUUCUGUUUUACACUCUGAUGGCCUACAGGACCAAAUACCACUGUCAGCAUACUACUUUUCUGAUGAAUCAAAUAACUACAUUACAAAAAAAUCCCCCUUCUUGAAGUUUUGUGUCAUAGUACCACCUCUUAGAAUGCUCCAAGGAUAUCAAAAUUAUGUUAUGACUAACCCUACUUAAUCCUGAGUAACACACAGGAAUUGAUUCAGGAAUGUACUGUAAAUCAAGGUACACCUCGCCUCUUGUUUGUUCAAGAAUAAGCUGUUCCAAGGAGCAAUUCUCCACAACGUGUUUGCAGUGAUGUUUAUUCAUUGCCCAUUAUUACUGGUAUUUUGUUACUUCCCUGACGUUUCUCAACAUUCUGACUUCUUUACUGAGAUAUAGUCUGGUAAAACAUCCCUAUUACUAUACAGUACUUGUACUUUUAUGACCUGAAUUUUGUAUCUGCACACAUUUCACAUCCUGGCACUCUUCGCAGUCUAUGGAAUUCUGUGUGUACAAAGCUAUUCCCACACAUUUGACCUACUCUCUCUUUCUUGUCUAGUGUAAUUUAUGGGUUUUGUAUAGUUUCUAAGCACUCACAGCAAGAAAUUGUGGUACUUCAUUUAUUCUACUACGUGUCAGAAAUGCUAGGCUUUCUGCCUCUGCUAUUUUUUCAUUUAUGCUUCUUGGUAGUUGUAGUCUCAUUUAUAAGGUGUGCAUAUUAUUAUGUACCUCAUUUUUGACUGAAGAUUCUUUCAACUGUAUUUCUAAUGUACCUAACAGGUUUUAAUGUGUACCAUGUUUACUUCUCAUUAGCUGCCAUCUUAGUCAUAGCUUGUUUUAAAUAAUCCUUUAAAACCUAGCUAACUUUAUGUGCUGGCAGUCUUAUUCCUUUUGGAUAAAGAGGAAAUUACUGUUAGUAUGCCACUCUGUAUAUCCAUGUAGCUCUUAUUCAGAUUCUUAAUCUGCAACUCUUAUUUAGUCUAAUCUCUUUGUAUUGUUGGGCUCUUGGCCCCAAAAACAUUACAUCAUUUUUUCUGUUCAAUAUCCAAACAAGCCAACCAUCUCUGUACAGUUGAACUCAGAUGCAAAUCAAGAUGGAGUGAAUUUUAAUUCCUUCAUGAUUUCAGGACAACUUUUACUAUAAAGCUAAUUAUAAAGAUGGCUGUUUUAAAAUACAUGCAAGAUCUCAGAUCAGACUAUGAAGUAUAUACUGUAUGUACACAAAGUUAAAAAUUAUCCAUGGAACAGCUGUGUGCUUUAUUUUAAAUUGAGUUGAUAGGUGGCAGUGUCAAAACUUAUGUCCAGGUUAUUUAAAAUCAAGUAAAACUGUUAACUUUUAUGGUAAAUUUUGUGCUUGCAUGUUACGUAUAUUAUUUGCACUACAUGAGAAGAAAAUCACUGACUAAUUUGAUGGUAACAUCUGUGUAAUGCCAACUAAAAAUCAACUUGGGGAUAUAACUUCACCAGAGAAAAUGUAUUCCAUAGUAGCUGAAAGUGGUGCCAGUAAAUGUUUUUACACUCUUAGAAUGAAGUUUCCAUUGCUUAAACACUGACAAGCAUCGAACUAUCUUCCCAAUGCAGAAAGAAUGGUCUAAAAUAUA